GAGGGUGGGGCGAAGAGGUUGGCUGUUGGGCUGCGGGUGUUGCACUCCUUCUCUAGUGGUGACAGGAAUCGGGCAGCGAACGGGAGGCUUUUUAAACCAGAGGCGCCGUCAUGUCUGGAGAUGAGAUGAUUUUCGAUCCCACUAUGACCAAGAAGAAGAAGAAAAAGAAGAAGCCUUUCAUGUUGGAAGAAGAUGGCAUGGAACAGCAAACGGAGGAGGCGCCGGCAAUGGAAUCCAGGGAGUCCAUGAUAUCUGAGAACUUGGAGGAGAAAGUUCCAGAGGCAGAUGAUGAGGACAGUAAGAAGAAAGAUACAACAGAUGAUUUAGAUGAUCUGGAUUUCUUCAAUCAAAAGAAGAAAAAGAAGAAGCCCAAGAAAGCUUUUGAUAUUGAUGAUGGUAUUAAGGACUUGAAGAUUGAAAAUGAGCUACCUGAGCAAGGGGAAGAUGAUGAUGACGCUUUUGACAUCAGCAUGAUGAAAAAGAAGAAACCAAAACCUGUAACCUUUGAGGAUGAGAAAGUAAAUGAAAGGACAGAUGGCUUAAUGGACGACGAUGAAAACAAAAGGGAUGAUGGUAUUACUUUCUCCUCUUCGAGUGGCCCAGCUUGGGCAGGAUCAGAACGAGACUACACUUAUGAUGAGUUGCUGACCCGUGUAUUUAAUAUAAUGCGAGAAAAAAAUCCUGAUAUGGUGGCUGGGGAGAAGAGAAAGUUUGUUAUGAAACCACCUCAGGUGGUCAGAGUGGGAACUAAGAAGACGUCAUUUGUGAAUUUCACUGAUAUCUGCAAACUGUUACAUCGUCAACCUAAACAUCUCCUGGCAUUUUUAUUGGCUGAGUUGGGUACAAGUGGAUCCAUUGAUGGCAAUAACCAGCUCGUAAUCAAAGGAAGGUUUCAGCAAAAACAAAUAGAAAAUGUGUUGAGGAGAUACAUCAAGGAGUAUGUUACCUGCCAUACCUGCCGGUCGCCGGAUACCAUCUUGCAGAAGGACACACGUCUGUAUUUCUUGCAGUGUGAAACCUGUCACUCACGUUGCUCUGUGGCCAGCAUCAAAACCGGCUUCCAGGCCGUCACCGGGAAACGAGCACAGCUCCGUGCCAAAGCACACUAGCCUAAACCCUAACCACGGGAGAAGAUGGGAACUGAGGAUCGUUGUCACAGGACUGUUUUACCAAACAAUGGGGUGGGUUUUAAGUGCAUCAGAACCUUAAGAAUUGCAGACAGCUCUGCAGAAGCGAGCGAGAGUGGCGAGCAGUAGGCUUCCCAAGUUCCAGAGCUCAUUGUGACAUAUCCUGUUUCACUGCUCUGCUUCUGACCUGUCCAGUCGCCGGUAUCAACAGCAAAGGCGGUUUCCCUUUAGCCCAUCAACGUUCACCAGGCUGCGGAAUUUCUUGGAAGCUUGGGAAUGAUCCACUGAAUGUUGAUUCUUAGAGUCCAUAGCUCCUUGUUGAACAUACCUCACCUUAGUGUUUGGCUGUCCCACUGCCUGACUUUCAAACAGAGCAGUGGGGUAGGACAGAAGGGUUGGGGUUGUGGGAGGCAGUGCGGUGCUGCCUAAAUUGUGCUAAGUGAGUUUUGGAAAUUUAUUAAAACAAAUUCCCUGCAAAACUGUUGACUUUUUCUUUAUGAUGACAUCUUUAUAAACCAUAACCUUUUCAAAUACCAGGGUGAGGUUUGUGUUCUGGAAGCUAAUCGUUGCUGAUUUUUGCAGCAGUUCUGAGGGAGUAGUUGGGAAAGGUAUGUGGCAGCCUCGGGACUGUAGACCAGUGGGUGAAAGUGCGCCAGUAAGAUGUAAUAAAAGUAGUGAUUAACACAGUCAUGCUGCUCUCUUCUGAUAACGUUUGCACUAACAGUUUGGUGUGUAGUUAGAGAGCACAUGAUAAACUGCCCUAUGCUCACACUCAGUAUGUGUUUCACUUGGGAGGAAAAGAAACUACAGGUGCUGGAAAUAUGAUAAAAAAAAUCUUAAACUGGAAUUAGUUGUGGAGCAUACAGAAACAGGCCUUUCAGCCUAUCUGGUUCGUGCUGAACUGUUAUUCUGCUUAGUCCAAUCAACCUGCACCUGGACCAUAGCCCUCCUUACCUCUCCCAUCAAUACUAAUCCAAACUUCUCUUAAAUGUUGCAUUCGAACCAGCAUCCUCCACUUUCACAAUCAGUUCAUUCUGCACUUGCACCACCCUCUGAAGAAGUUCCCCGUAAGGUUCCUCUUAAAUAUUUCACCUUUCACCCUUAACCUAUGACUUGUAGCCGUAUCCAACCUCGCUGUAAAAUAGUAUAGUCGUCGUUUUGGACAGGGACCUUUCACCGGGACUGGAAAGGGUGAGGAAGAUGCCAGAAUAAAAAGACGGAGAGGGGAAGGAGGACAAGCUAGAAGGCUGAAGAUUUGGAAGGCAGCAGAGAUCACAGAGGAGAACCUACUCAACCUUGCCUUAUGAUUCAGUUCCUCAAGUUCCAACAACUUGUAAAUUUUCGCUGUACUCUCAAUCUUAAUGACGUCUUUCCUGUAGGUAGGUGACCAGAAUUUCACACAAUGCUCUAAAUUCAGUCUCCCUGAUGUCAGAGUCAGCAUUUUUUUCACGUUUAAUUUUUUAGUUGAUGGCCUAUCAUCAGAUCUGCUGCAAAAUCAUUGAGUAUAAAUAUUAGCAGUUUCUCUCUGCAAAGUGGCUGCACAACUUGCAAGGUAUUUCCAGCAUUUUCUGUUUCUAUUUCAUAUUUCCCCUGGAAUAAAUGAGCAGGUCUCAGAAAUCAGUACAACUUUGUAAAAGUCCUUACUUUGCAGAACUUGGAUCUUACUUUUCAACGUGGCAGAACGGUUCCCUGUUUGUGAACACAUUUUCUCUUUCCCCUUUUUAAAAUCCAGUGUUUUUUUUGUUUGAAGAAAGAUUUUUAUAAUGUUUGUGCUUUCUGGUCUAGUAAAGAUCUUCACUUGAACAUUAUUGGGCUCCAUG